AUGUCUCGACAACUUUCUCCCAGUGAGAAGGCACUUUUUGGGUGUUGCUCUGCUAUUCUCUCCAAUGCAGCCGUUUACCCACUGGAUCUCGUGAAAGCCGUAAUACAAACACAGUCUCCAAAGGAGAAAUAUGCCGACUCCAAAGAUGCCUUGAGACAAAUAUACAAAAGGGAAGGCGUCAAGGGCUGGUACAAAGGUAUCAACUCUUCGUUGCUGUCGACUGCGGUAACCAGCUACUCGUACUUUUACAUGUACAACCUGGUGAAACGAUCGUACCAGAAAUUUUCCAAAAGCACAGACGUUAAGGUAUUUGAUGAACUUGCAAUGGGCGUUGUUGCUGCUGCAUUAUCUCAACUGCUGGUUACGCCUCUUUCGGUUAUCACUACUGAGCAGCAAACGCAAUCCUCCAAGGACACGCAGAGCGCCUACGAGGUGGCAGAGUCCAUAGUGUCGAGAAGUGGUAUAACGGGGCUAUGGAAGGGUUUAAAGGUGUCAUUGGUGCUGACUUUGAAUCCAUCUAUUACCUAUGGGUCUUUUGAAAACUUGAAGAGCAUUUUUUACAAGGACCGCGCCUACCUGAAGCCUCAAGAAUCUUUCCUCCUUGGGGUACUGAGCAAGGUGAUUGCGACGCUCAUCACUCAACCACUGAUCGUGUCGAAGGCCAUGCUUCAAAAACAUAAAUCCUUAGAAGAGGAGGAAUCCGAAAGGCCAGACACGUUUCAGGGCAUUCUGGUAUAUUUGUGGAAGACCGAAGGUUUUGCUGGGCUUUGGAAGGGACUCAGACCUCAACUGCUGAAAGGAGUGUUGGUUCAAGGCCUGCUCUUCAUGUUCAAGGACCAGAUUGAGCUUCUGUUCCUUUCAUUGUUCAAAAUUAUCACAGCUAGAAAGCAACUUCGUGCGGCAGGACGUAGCACUUAUCGCCGUCUGUCCUAA